ACGUUCUGACCCCGUUUACCGCCAGAGGUGGCUGUCAUCCCAACCGCAUGCUCGUGCAGCUUCUACCGCGUCCGCGCAUGCGUUAUACCUGCUCUGACGACUUGUCGUCCGCAUCAUUUUCACUAGCAAUUGAACAGAGCAAGAACAUCACGUCUGGACGAGGCAAGGGAGGCAAAGGACUGGGCAAGGGGGAUGCCAAACGCCACCGGAAGGUCCUCCGUGACAACAUCCAGGGCAUCACCAAGCCGGCCAUUCGUCGCCUUGCGCGCUGCGGAGGAGUGAAGCGCAUCUUUGGUCUCAUUUACGAGGAAACGCGUGGAGUCCUGAAAGUCUUCCUGGAGAACGUCAUCCGUGAUGCGGUCACCUACUGCGAACACGCCAAGAGGAAGACUGUCACUGCCAUGGACGUGGAGUACGCGCUCAAGAGACAAGGGCGGACGCUGUACGGCUUUGGGGGCUAGACCACCGAACUCCCAUCAUAAGGUUCGUCAGGUGCUUGGAGAUUGACACAAGUGAGUGCAGAACAUCGCAACCUACCGUCC